AUGCUCAGCGACCACGAGAUCGAACGAGCCGCGAGCCAACUCGCCGACUACCGCAGCAAUGAUGCCCUCUCAGAGAUACUGGACAAGUAUUCGGCCUUGAUUCAGGACUGCAGGCGCCUGAAGAGCGACUACGAGGAGGAACGGGACGCCAGAGAAAAAUACAAGCAGUUGGCGAGGGGCCAGGAGCGCAAUCCAUUCGUGCUCGUACUAGUCGAUGGCGAUGGCUACAUUUUUCACGAUAGCCUACUUGGCAAGGGCUCCGAUGGCGGCAAAAAUGCUGCACAGCUGCUUAAUGAAGCUGUAAAGGCCAGUCUUCAAAGCAAGGGCCUAGAGCAUUGCCAAGUAAUGGCGCGCAUUUACGCCAAUGUCGCUGGCUUAUCCAAGGCGCUCUCCAAAGCCGGUCUAGCCGGAAGUAAUAGGCGCUCCUUGGCCCCGUUCAUCGCCAGCUUCAACAGAUCAUACGGCCUCGCCGAGUUUAUUGAUGCCGGCGAGUUGAAGGAGAGUGCCGACUUUAAGCUGCGUGCUCUACUGCAUCUUUAUGCCGAGAACACUCAGUGUAAGCACAUUUACUUUGCGGCUUGCCAUGAUGCUGGAUACAUCUCCGACUUGACGCCAUACUUAGGAAAUCACGCGAGGUUCACCUUGAUCAAUACCACGGGCAUUAGGUUCUAUAACGAAUUCAACAAGCUUGGCAUGGGAAUCGAGGAGCUCCCUGGUGUGUUUCGGUCGACGCCACUGCUUAAAGACGCGGCUGCCCCUCAUCGGCCUACCCAUUCUGCCUUCGGAACCGCAAAGGCUGUCACAGGACUCACAGCAUCGUCGUCAGCAAAUCAAGCCCCCGUCAUAACGGCCAUGGACGGGCAGAGGACCGAUUGCCGAAUGUAUCCAUAUGGAAAAUUCAAGUACGGCAAAGCUUACAAGAAUCUUCACCUCGAAGACCCCGCAAAUACCUUUUCAACGUGGAGGUCGUCAAGUCAUGACCCUCAGUCGGAUGCAACUGGCUCCCUGCAAGAACCCGGAAGCAGACCAACGCCAUUGUUAAACAUACGCCAAGCUGCGGAUGCUUUCCUCGACAACCUUGAAUUGCCCCAGGACAACAUACUCGAAGGCUACGUCGCAGUCAACAGGAGCAAUUUCCGUCUCGAUCCCUACAUACCGCCUUCUAGCCCCGAGACGAUCGGUCGAUUCAAGUCACGCAUAAACAAGCGGCGGAUUUGCAACAGGUUCCAUCUGAGUGGGUUCUGCGAGGCCGGUGACCGUUGCGAAUACGACCACAGCGUGAUUGAUGCCGAGUUUAAGCGAGUACUCCAGUCGCUCGCCCGCUCAAUGCCAUGCCCGAAGCGUGAGCCUCCUGCAGGCUACCCUCUCGCUCACACGCUGAAGAUUUAG